AAUACAAUACUGCCGUUGUAAUUGCUUCCUGGCGUGUCAGCAGCUUCACUUAGAUACGAACAGUAAUGCUGACAGCUUUUAUUUGAUGAAAUUUUUACGACUAAACCUGUAUGAGUUAGUUCUGCAGUGGACUUCAGCUUCCAGAUAUCCAUUCUUUAGCAAGCAAUUAUGAUCUCCAGCUACCUGUUCGUAGGCUACUUAUUAAAUGGACUACUAAUCAAUGUUAGUGGAGAUCCAAUCGAGCACGAACUGUUAGAAGAUUUGUUUUACAACUACACUCCGCUUGAAAGACCUGUUGCGAAUCACAAAGAUUCAUUGCGAGUGAAUUUAAAGCUUAGUAUCCAGCAAAUAAUUGAUAUUGAUGAAAAGAAUCAAAUCAUGAAGGCUAAUGGAUGGAUGGAUAUGAAAUGGAACAACUAUAGAAUGACAUGGAAUCCAGAAUUAUAUGACAAUUUGACGAAAAUCAGAAUACCAUAUGACAGAAUUUGGGUACCGGAUCUACUUCUGUACAACAGUGCAAGUGAAGAGUUUGAUCCAUUUAUUCAUACCCACAUAACAGUUGACCAUCAAGGAGGAAAUCUGUAUGUACCUCCAGGUAUAUUCGAAUCAACAUGCAAAAUUGAUGUCAGCAAUUUUCCGUUCGAUCAACAAAUUUGCAAGUUGAAAUUUGGUAUAUGGACAUAUACCGGCGAAAUGGUUGAUCUACAAGUAGAACCUAGUUCGGGAGGAACUGAUAUUACAGAAUAUAUGGAAAAUGGAGAGUGGAUGUUACUGGACGUCAGUGCAACUCGACAUGAAGUGCAAUACAAAUGUUGUCCAAAUACCUUUAUCGAUAUUACAUUCUACAUGACACUUGAGAGAAGAAGUAUGUUCUACGUUGUGAAUCUUGUCAUUCCAUGUAUACUCAACUCACUUCUCACUCUCCUCACAUUCAUAUUACCUGCUCAAGCUGGAGAAAAGAUCACACUCUCAAUAACCGUACUACUUGCUCAGAUUGUCUUUAUGUUACUAGUCAUGGAAUCAAUGCCGUCAACAUCGGAUGCCAUUCCUCUGAUAAGCAAGUACUUCUCCUUCAGUCUAUUUUAUGUCUGUGCAUCUGUUGGAGCAACAGUCUACGUACUGUCUUUUCAUUAUUGUGUACCUGAGCUGUUUGGACCUAUGUCACCAAAGAUGAGAAAAAUAUUUCUUCAUCUUAUGCCUAAGCUACUUCAUUUCAAAAAGUAUCCGAACGGAGAAUAUCUCUGUGUAAAGGAUCCUACAAAACGAUUAAAAUGUCUGUGUAACUUCGAUGUUACACAAGACCUGUUUGAUGACGAAAAGUCAGCAACAGGAUCUCAGUCUACGACAUACAGAGACAUUAAAAUGCUUCAGAGUCUUCAUCGACAUCUGAGAUAUGUUGCUCAUAAAUUAUCUGGAGAUGACAAAUGGGAAUAUUCCAGACUUGAAUGGCAAUUUGCUGCUAGUGUAUUGGACAGACUGGCUUUGUGGUUUUUUACUAUUCUGGUAUUCGUCGCAACCUUGUCUACAUUGUUCGCGAUUCCUUCAAUCAACAAAAGUUUUUAUUUCCACGGUCAUUCAAAUUUGAACCCGUGAAGAGAGGCCUUUGUUUAUACAAAUAUGGAUAUCUUGUUAUUAAAACAAAUCAGAAUAGA